CAUAUAUAUGUGACUAUUAGAGUGGUUGUGGAUUUAAAUCAACUAUUUUGAAUGUGAAGUGGAGGACGUGAAGACCAGUAAAGUUAAAAUGGCAGAGUCCAACGUUGAUAAUCAGUUUAAACUCACCUCAGAACACAAGGUGAAGGCUAAUGUUGGUGAAGAGGUCACCCUCCCCUGUCACCUCUCACCUGACACCAGUGCUGUUGCCACGACGAUCAGGUGGUUUAAAGAGACAGAGUGUAUUUACCUGUAUCAGAAUGGUCAGGUGACAGAGAGGAGUGGCUAUGAGGGCAGAGUGAGUCUGAUCACCCAGGAGCUGVAGAGAGGCAACGUGUCUCUGAGGCUGACAGACUUCAGGAGGUCAGAUAGAGGAGUCUACAUAUGUCAGGUCAUCCAUGGAGAACAGAAGGAGGAGGCUGCAGUGGGUUUAUGGGUCAUAGAAGGUAAGUGUUCUAGAACUCCAGUAAUGUUUCUAAACACCUAAACAACAACAAUAACAACCAGUCUCUUUCCCUGUACAGAACACUUGUACUUUCUCAUGUAGGUAGGAGUUCAUAGUAGGAGUUACAGAUGAAUAGACUAGAUUCAUUCUGAAUAUCAACUAGUUACAAUGCAUAUUACCAUCACUCUGAGCUUUGAGCUGGUCCUAAAGCAUUAGAACCAUUCCAACAUUA